CAUUUGCUGAACUCAGUUCCUGUUAUUGAACAUUUCAAGUUCUGGGUGUUGACGACGCGAUAAGCUACACAUUAUUAAAAUUACACAAUCUGAGGUUUAAAAUCAUGGACUCGGGUGUCGCUAAGCGUUUUAUUCUGCUUGGUAUUUUUCUUUAUUUCGGAACUUUAGUGUCGGUUCAAGCGGAAAUGCAUUCCCUGUACUACAUCUACACAGCUUUAUCCAAACCUGUGGAUCUACCAGGUAUCUAUGAUUUCACAGCUAUGGGUUUACUGGAUGACAGACAGAUUGAUUACUACAACAGCGAGGAACAAAAAAAGAUUCCUAAACAGGAUUGGAUGAAAGAAAAAUUGCCACAGGAUUACUGGGAUAAAGGUACCCAAUCCCGAAAGAGCAAAGAACAGUGGUUUAAUGUGAAUGUCAACAUUCUGAUGGAACGAAUGGGACACAAUGAAUCAGAUGUUCAUGUUCUUCAGUGGAGACAUGGUUGUGAAAUUAAAAAAGAGGGAAAUGAAGUGGCAUUCUCCAAAGGUAUUGAUGAGUACAGCUAUGAUGGUGCAAACUUCCUUUCCUUUGAUGAUAAGAACUCACAGUGGGUUGCCCCAAUGCAAGAAGCUGUCCCAACCAAGACAAAAUGGGAUAAGGUGCCCAUCUUAAACCAGUACACCAAGGGCUACCUGGAGAAAGAGUGUGUGGACUGGCUGAACAAGUUCAGAGAAUAUGGAGACGAGGAACUCAAAAAAUACUCUGCACCAGAGGUUCGUGUGUUCGCAAAAAGGGCUCCCGGUAACAAAAACAACUUGAAACUCACCUGCCUGGCCACUGGCUUCUACCCCAAAGAUGUGACUUUGGUCAUUAGGAAAUAUCGCACAUCUCUGCCUGAAAAAGAGAUUGAAUCGACAGGAGUCAGACCAAAUGAAGAUGGAACAUAUCAGCUGCGAAAGUGUGUGGAAAUUGCAGAAAAUGAAAAAGCAGAUUAUGAUUGUUUUGUGUCACACAUCACCCUAGAUGAACCAAUAAUCAUCAAAUGGGAUGGAAAAUGCAUUGACUGCAGUGGAAUCCUGAUUAUUGGUGGUGUGAUCGGCGCUGUGAUUACUUUACUUGUCAUUGCAGUUGCAGUUGGCUUUUAUCUUUACAUGAAAAAAAGAACUGGCGAAACAGCACAGACUCCAAAUGGAUAUUACACUGUGCCAAAUGAAAUGGCACUUCCACUAAACGGCGUGGGAAAAAAUGGAACAGUUUAAAAAAAAAUGGAAAAAAUGAAGAGCAAGAACUCAGCGCCUCCACUUGCUGUUUGCAAUUGCAAAAGAAAAAGGCUUCAGAAAAGCAAGAGUGCAUUUGGAUUUAUUGAGCUUUUUUAAUGUGUACAUCUACUGUGGAAAACAAGCUUGAGAGUCCCUGUCAGAUUAACCAAUUCUCUUUCCUCUCACCUAUAAGAAAGAUGUAUGCAGUAACAUGCAAUGGCUUAUGCCUAGUAUUUUUUGAGCUGGUAACUAUUUUUCAUUAUAGAAAGUUAUGUUAAUUUUAUUAAGCCUUGUUUAAAACUCCAGAAUCAGUUUACUUUCAUAGUUUUGGCCUCAUCUGUGGCUCUGUUUGCAUUAACAUGGUUUUGUUUUAAAAUACAAUACUUUUGCAAUAGUUAAGCCUGGCAUCCACACUACUCCGGAGAUUUGACCCUCGAAACCGGAGUUUUUUUAAAUACUGCAGACCCUGUUUUAUAUACUUCAGAAUUCUGCUGCAGUGCAGACAUCCUAAAUGACUAUAUAUAGUGUUAUGAGCACUCCAUGUUGAGCUGCCAGCAGCAGCGCGCUUUGUCUGCUUUUGUCACGUGUUGUUAAACUCACACAAGCAAGUUUAAAAUUCAAUACAAACUGUUGAGGAUUAACAGCAAUUGUUCACUGUGGCUGCUUACAUGACAAGAGGCAAGCUAUAAUUAAAGCAAUAGAACACGCAUGCCAAGUGUGCAUAAAUGGUCAUGCCCAAACAUGUGUAGUGUGGACGGAGAUCUUUUCUGAAAUGCCAAUAUACACGAAGAUUGUUUUCAUUUUUAAAUGCUGUGUUAAAACAAAACCACUCUAAUGUAGAAGUGUUUUGUUUUUAUUUGAAGGGACUGCCCCUUAAAACAGCUAUAAUUAAACAUGUCAGGUUAGUUUCCCAGACAAGGUUUAGAUUAAGCCAAGACUAGACCUUAGUUAUAUAAGGACAUUUGAGUCGUUUUUACAAACAUAGCUUAAAAAAAAAUCGUACGGAUGUGGAACUAAAGACAAAAUAAUGGCACUGAUAUGUGUUAAGAUUUGUCAGUGCAAGUUUUUAAAUUAAGUCAGCUCAAACAUGCAUUAUAGUUGGCACUAUGAUAAGCCCUGUCUGGGAAACCACCCUGUCUACUUUAAAGGUAUAGCGGAAGAUUUUCCAGAAUUUAAGAAAAGAACCUCCGUCUCCACUUUUCAAAAAAAUGCUAUUGUGCAACACUCUACCUGCGUGUGCACAAGAGAGCAUGCACGAGCCCAGUUCUUCACGUGCACGCUCUGUUUACAAGUUGCUGGCGACAUUGCUCAUACAUUGGCAGGGCCAGUAGUCUAGAUGAUCCACCCGGAAAAAUAAAAUCCUCCGCUAUAUCUUUAAAGGAGUAGUCCACUUUAUAGAUGGGGCCCAUUGACUUACCAUCGUAUUUUUUUCCUACUGUAAAAAGUCAAUGGACCCCAUCUUUAAAGUGGACUACUCCUUUAAAGCAACACUAUGUAGUUUUCAUGUAAAAAUGACUUACAGCUCCCCCAUGUGGUUGAAAAGCGCAACAGUGCCUGCUAUCAGACACUCUUCUGCAGGCAGGGGGAGGGGCGGGGCUGUGUUUCCUACCCUCCACCGCCACUUUCAGAUUGUGCUUGUAGCAGCUAGGAGGCUGCUCAGGUUGCAGCAACAGUACAAUUUGUCCAGUUAAAAGUUGUUCUAUCACUGAAAUAAUUUUAGAGACAUUAUUUAAAGGUAAAAAAACGACAUAGUGUUGCUUUAAGACUUGACUGCACUUUUGUUUAUUAUUAUUUACAAUAAAGAUUACUUCUUAAUAAA